CCAGACACAGACACGCCCACUUUAUAUUCAUAAUGCAUACAUACACAUAGCCUGGGAUUACUUCACUAGAGAGGGACAGAACAUAAGCCAUGUCAGUCUUAGACAGUUUCCUCUCCUCCAUUAGACGUGGAACGAGGCAGGCAGCUCCAGUCCACGAAUCCAGACCACAGGAAAAUGACCUGGCUCUGCAAACAUUGAAAAGAAAGUAUAGAGAAUACUUGCAAUGCGAAGACACUCAAGAAAAAGAGACCAAGUUAUUCCAAAUGGUGCCCCUCUUCAACAAGUCCUGCACUAGGAUGGAGGAAAGCGUACUUGUCGAGAAGUUCCCCGAGGUUUUCGAUUUCGCCGAGAACGUUUCGUUCAUAUUUGUUCGCCAUGUAACCCAGCUGGCCCAGACCAGCCCGAGCUCUUUGCUUGAAUAUUUUGAAAGUGAUGGAGAGACGCCCUCAGCAGGGAUCAGUCUACUAAAAGCCAUUGCUGUCCUCUCCCGUGGCCCUGAUACAAUAGUGAAUGCGAUGAUGUCUUCUAAUCUCAGCUCAAUUCUGAUGAGAUGUCUCUAUCUCUUCCUUGACCUUCCCACUCCUGCUUCUUCUGAAAGCCCUUCUUUAGGUAGAGGUACAAAGACGUCUUCACAGCAGCGAUCACAGCAGCGAUCAGAGCUUCAGAAACUAUUCAUCAGAGUCAUUAACAGGUUGUUGAGGCAUGCUCAAGCUGUUGAUGCUCUCCUCAAGUUUGAUGACCUUUCAUUGCUCUUCUGUGCCAUAUCCUCUCCCUGCAGCUCUUACAAUAAAAUAUGGAGGAAGGCAUCAGCUGAAGCUGUAAUGACCGUCUGUAAAUACUCAUUAUCAGACGAGGUCAUUAGUUACGUACACAAGAAAAACUGCAUUAGUUUUUGUGUGAGGAAUAUUAAGAAUUUCGCUGACAAGCAGUCACCACUAGAAGUGACUGAGAUACUGGUAGCACUCUCCUGCUGUCUUAAGGAUUCAUCAGAGUUCUCUAACAGUCUUAUUGAUGAUUUCUCUGCCGGCGAGGGUUAUCAGUUUCUAUUCAGUUUCCUCCUAAUGCUGGAUGGUAGAGGGGAACAAGAUGCUAAAGAUGCUCAGAGACACGUCGUCUUGCUAACGUCUGAUCUCGUGUAUUGUGGACAUAAACCGAUGGAUAUAGUUAUGAACGACCCCGGUCCUUUUAAUCCUGGCUUUAUCAUACCCGCACCUUUGAACAGUGCUACCACAGUUAGGAAUAAAGAUGCCUUCCUCGUCCUACACAAUGCUUUCUUGCACUCCACUUCGAGCCAUCUUGGUAAGGAUAUCAUUGACUCCAUCAUUAAUAUAUACAAGUGCGAUUCUGCCAAUUUCUUUAUGCUGGAGCCCCUCCACACUCUCUCAUCAUUCCUUGAGGCUUUGGAGAAUAAGAAUGAAGAUGUGCAGAUCAGUGUGUUUCGCUUGCUUGAUUUCGUUAUAGCAGAACUCAAUUAUGUACCGACCUCAGCGCUAACCAGUGUGGGACUUUUGCUGGAAAAAUUUGAGUAUCCAAGAUUGCAGUGCCUAGCUCUUAAUAAUAUUUUAAAGUUCAUAAGUCAUAAAGCUUCAUUUAAGGACAUAUAUCGGGAGGCUGGGAUACUCAUACUCCUGGUUAAUGCACUCAAGACGCUCACCAAUCAAAUAAAGGAGACAGAGAAAGAGAAAACUGAACAAGAUUUAUUGUCAGUUGAUGGUCUAGCAGGAGAUGCUGGGGACACUUAUCAUUCACUCAACUCUCCGUCUCUCUCUCUCUCCAACCCUCAGGGACAAACUGAGGAGUCCAUAUUCCUCAUCAUUGAAUCACUAAGAGCCACCAUUGAAGGGUCUGAUAUUAAUGGUCGAGCAUUCCGUGAGGCCGGGGGCAGCAUUUGUGUGAUGGAUAUGCUCAAUUUCAAGAGAUACAGGAGAAUGGCUCUAAGACUAAUGACACAGCUGGUCCUGUUAGAUGAGGGUUAUGUUCAUAUUGGUAAACUCCUUGAUAUACUGAACACUGCCAAAUCAACAGACGUCGAUCUUCGUAUCGACAUCCUUCAAACGAUACUAGCCGUCUUUCAAUUAGAAUCAUCUACAAAGGCUUUGUUUCGUGAUGGGUGUGGCUUUAAUUACCUUAUCUCUGUCCUUACUUCCUUAUAUGGCAGUCUCGGACCCUCAAGGGGAAAACCCUGGGGAAAUGUUAAAAAGGCGGACAUUUUAAACUUGAUACAGCUGGUUUUUACCGUACUGACAGUGGCAAUGCAGGAUGACCCAGCAAAUAAGCUAUUCUUUGAAACCAACAUUCAGUUUGAUAGUUUUUCUGAGCCCCUUAAAUUGCUCGGUUGUUUUGCUCACGACAUUGAGCAAUGCCAGUCAAUCAACACUCACCUCUCUCCAGUUAAAGACUCCGCCCAGUCCAUAGAAUCAGAGUUCCAGCCCUUAUCUCCACCUGCUCAAAACCUCCCGACUUCCUCGUUCAUUUUCUGUGCGGCAGAGAUAUUUCGUUACUUGCGAGACAUGGCCCUGGGGAUUCCCCUCUCUCAGUCCAAGCCUUUGCUUCGUCUGGCCCCCUCCAGCUCCACCUCUCCUCAACGUACGGCCGUCACGUCAUCAGCCACGCCCAUUUUGAGUCACGGGCCAUCUCACGAUAGUGGACAGCCCAAGAAGUUUUAUUCGGGUUACCUGGUUCACCCUGGUGCUGUACUCUGUCUGAUGGAUCUGUUACCAGCCAUUGAUUAUGAUAGCAUUAUAGGGCGGAGCCUGAGCACUGCUCCAGACACGCCCACUAUUGGAGGAAGUGAAUGGAAUGAAGAUGAUGAAGUUGGAAUAUCGGAAGGAAGACAGUGGUGUCUAUAUCUUCAAGACUGUGUCGUGAGACAGAUAUACAAUAUUGCUGGAUCUGAAAGAAACCAACAGUCGUUAUGUCAAGUUGGUCUACCCGGUCGACUUUUAUUAAGAUGUGGGAGUGGUUUGUCUGAUGAGGCACAUCCUCUUCAUGAAGCUCUUGAGCGAACGUUUGAGAAACUUUCAUAUCAAUCACUGACCCCGGCAGAUUUUAGGAAUUUCUUAAGAUUAGGUGAUCCCUUAUGCUGUAAGAUUAAUGAUUAUACAAUUGAGGAACUAUCAAGUAUUGCUGAGUCCAAAGAAAGAGAGGAAGAGGUAGGAGAGGGUCUUUGUGAAACAGAAGAAGAUAAAGAAAGUCCUGGUGAGACAGAGGAACCUGCAGGACAGACAUUGAAAGACAAGUUAGGUCAGCCUCUCUCCUUGGCAAGGAUACAGAGUCUUGUUUCAAUGACAACGCCACGCGAUGGCAUAUUGUACGGAGGUAACAAGUUUGGUUGUUCCUCUCCUCCUUUUAUCGAGUUUGAUAUGAGUUUGGAUGGAUUUGGAUGCCUUUUUCUACCCAGUGUAUUCCCACAGACUGUGUCUCAGUCUACCCAGUCUAAUGCUACCACGAGUGUCUCUACCACUGGGUUUGGUCUAGGGGAACGUCCCUUUCCCCCUAGCAAUGGACUAACCUAUUCCACCUGGUUCUCCAUGUGCAGUGUCACACCUGACGAGACUCAUCCUGUUAAUUUCCUAACUCUCUCUCAGUGCUUCCUUACGACCGAGAAGAGUCUUGCCAGCUAUCCUCUCCUCCGUAUGUACCUGGCCAUUGGAGAGAAGAAACUUUACGUGUCUACACAAAUACCCAGGAAUAAGAGAGACCCUGUCAUUGAGGAUUAUAUUCAUAAAGAUGACAGGAAGGAGAAGAAUCUAGAGGUCUCGUUUGAUGUUCCACAGUUGUGCCAUGCAUCACAAGGCAUGUGGCAUCAUGUCCUCAUUACAGUACAGGCCAAAGGUCUCCGUGGUAAAGCUAAGGCAUUGGUCUAUGUUGAUGGAAAGGCUGUUGGGAGCUCACAAAAACUUCCUUAUAUCCAUCCUCUUCCUCUUGCAGUUGGAAACCAUUUUCUUCCCUUUCCUUCCGACAGUUCUCCCUUUCUAAUUAAUGCCCAUAUUGGUACCCACGUAGACAAUCGUCACAUUAAUCCCCUUGUCUAUCGGACCGGCCCCUCCUACUUGUUUGACGAGCCUCUACAACCACUGGCUGUACAUCAUAUUUUUAUACUGGGUCCGAACUAUGUCGGAUCAUUUCAGAACCCUGUUCCAGGAAGCAUGUCCUCCAGUAUGUACACAGAGUCAUUGGGUCAACAGGUAUCAGAGGAGAGGAUAGUGUUUGGGUUGAUUGCUGAUCGACCGUCAAACCACACCCUCUCAGAGCUAGUCAACACUUACCAGUACAGUGGCUAUGAUGUAUCUACCAUUGCUAGAGAGUUGUCGCUAUCAGAUAAAGAUGAAGUCACUCCAGUUACAUUACUCAGUAACAGUGUCCUUCAUCUGAUUGGUCCUGCUAGAUGCAUUGGUGCCGUCGUCUGUGGCUAUUCUGGUAUAAGAACGUUUGAGCCACAACCUCUUCGUAAUCUUUUAUCAGCAGUGGGCGGUACUAGUGUCGUCCUUGGUCUUGUUGCCAUGGCAGCUAAUGUUGAUAGUCUUUAUGCUGCAAUGAAGGCCGUGGUCUGUAUAGUAGGCAAUAACGACAGGGCAUUGAAAGAAAUGGAGAGAACAGGAGGUUUCAAGUUAUUGGGUAUGCUGUUAAGAGACAAGAGCUCUCUUGUUAAUAGCAACAUACUUCAUUUAACUUUCACUUUGGUUGGUACCGUUGAUAAUGAACAUGAAAGUGCUAGGAUAUCUAAUGUGAUUGCCUUCAAAGACCUACUAGCAGAUCAGUCAAUAUGGAAGAAUACAAGCGAGGAUAUUCAAAAGUCGCUCUGUCAGCAUUUCUAUGAUCUCUUGACACAUAGCAAUGAUCAGGUCACUAAUGCUCAUACAAUGCUUCAUGUUAAGUUAGUUCAAGAGCUGUUGACUCGUCUUCACGAUCACAGUCUCUCCGAUCACACGAUAAAAUCAAUGAUUAACGUGAUCAAUGCUCUCUUCUCUCACGGACCAUCUGAUGAAGACAUUAGGAGGUUUGGACAGCUCCUCAGUAGUCUCUUACCUCGUGAUCAUGAGUCAGAGACCUCAGUUGAUCUUUAUGGCCAGGAAACUCCUCCCACUCCGAGAGAAGCAGGUGGGAGAGAGGGAGGGGAGGAGACACACCCACAGGUAGUGAAACAAGAGAAGAAAAGCAAGAGAUUGAUAAGACUACGGAACCUACUGCUUGAUGUGCUAAUGAGCCACUUUACAACUGAGAGGAAUGAAUUUGACUCAAAGUUUGCUCGUCAAGUUGUAUCAACUCUUGGUUUUGACUGGUUCCUAUUGUUUCUACAGCCACAGGUGCACAGGGAGAACGUUAUAAAACUUCUCAGGAUGUUAGUCCUAAUAUUACUGAGUGACUCAAAACUGAGAAAGAACUUCACCAACGGUGAUAUAUUUGGUGGGUGGCUGCACGGAAUGCGUACAGUACUGCCCGACUAUUCUGAUGAAAUACAUAAAAUCAUACUCUUUUCACUGUCGCCCGAUACAAGACCUGAAGUCUCGAUACCAGGGCCGAUAAUCCUCUCUAGACUACUACCGUAUCAUCUCUCGUCACCGCAGACAUUCUUACUGAUCAUUGGACUACUGCUGGGGACACCAGUUACUGAGAUACCUUACACUGCCCCUCUAACCAUCGAUUCCCUCUCUUCCAUAUUUGACAUAUCCCACAACAGUAAAUCAACUCAAAGGGCCAACAGUAGGCUAUAUCCUGAUGCAGUGUUCGUCCUACUGGCAAUGAUAAGGCUCCUACUCCAUGAGGAUAAGCCCGAGUCUCACAAUAAAGCAUUAGUUGUUAUCAAGUAUCUUGAACAAAUAUACACUAAUCUUCCUUCAUUCAGGAACACUCUCUCAACUAGUCAGGACUUUAUAGAAGCACUUGCUGCUACUCUCUUUCCUCCUAAUAUCCUCAUGAAUGUUGAAGAGGAGGAGACUCGAGGAGGAGAUUUGGAUGAUGAUUUUGUUAUUUUAUCAUCUCCAGUAUCAAAGGAUCCUCCAUUAAAAGAUGAUGAACUAGCCACUAAGGAUGAAGAGACAAUAGCUCCUUCAACUCUUUCAAAAGGAGAAGGAGGAGCCAGUAGUAGUAAUGUUAUCCCUGCUCUUAUGAGGCAUGAUUCAUCAGCAGUCCUCAACAUUAUCAAGUUAUUGCGAAUGAUUGCACUUGAUGGAUUUAAGACUUGCACAAUACAAGGGAAAUCAGGUAAUGCUUAUGAUUGUCCAGUAUUGGAGAUGGUGUUAGAAGCUGCUCCUGUUGGUACGACCGACUACAUCAAAGCAUACCAAACUAUAAUACUACACGCCAUCAGUAAACACUUGGAAGCUGGAAACGAAGACAUCUCUGUCACCCUCAAAGAGAUCGGACAAUUCAAUAAGACCUCGAUCGGACUUGGAGUCUUUUGUAAUCGCCUCAUCGAUAAACUAUGGCAAGGGGUGUAUUCUAAACCUACUGAUUAUUUGUACUCAUUUCUCAAGAAGCUAGUAGAACAAGCUCUGACUAGACCUAAACUGCUACCACUGAAUGAGAUACAGUCAUCCUUCAACAGGUUAAUACUCUACCAGUUAUCGGCAGUCCCAGACACUGAGCCGGAACAAAAGGAGUUUGUCGACACGCUCUGUCUCCUCUCCUCUCACUCUCACGUCAUUUUUGACGAGACGAACUCAGACGAGACUUUCCUACGCUGUCUCGUUUAUCGACUUUUAGCUCUCGUUUUUACGGAAGGAGAGUGUCGACAAGGAGGCGAGUAUCAUUCUGCUACUGAUCUGGAAAGUGGAGCCAGUGAUAGGAGCAGUAGACGUAUCCGUGGCUACGUACCCAUACUCUCGUCCUCUUUGCUGAAGAGUGGAGCUAAUAGACUUUGGAGCAAGAUGCUUGAACACAAGCGAGAGGCACUCCAGGGUGUCCUGGGCAUUCCGUUACCAUUAGCCUCUAGUAGCAGUACAGCUGCUAUAGCUACUACUGGAGCAACUGGUAGUCCUUCAAGUGCUGCUGGGGGUACUGGACCACCUGUACAGCUCUCGAUUGGUAACCCUGCCCAUACUAAGCUCCAAAACUGCAAGGAGUUUCUUGAAGACAGAUCACUAGAGAAAUGCUGGGAAGACUUCAAGCAACAAGAAGAAUACAUUGCUCCUGCAUCAGAUCAAGCCUCUACCAAGGAGAGAGGGCUAUUGAAGACCCUGCUGAAGAGAAAGACGACAAGAAUCAGUGGGAGGGACCCAAGACUAGUGGCAGAAGAGUAUGUCUGCUGGCAGGAGCCACAGCUAACGGUGGCCUCUCACAAGUUUGAGGACGCAAUGCAAAGAAAAUAUCAAAGACAUUUAGAUUACAAGAUAAGAUUCACUUCAUCAGAGUGGGCUAGGAUUGAACACGAGCUGACAAGGGAGAGGGGGCUAUGGGGACCUGACAAACCAUCUUUCCUUGAUAAAUGGAUGCUAGACUCCGUUGAGGGCCCUAGUAGAAUGAGGAAAAGAUUGUGUCGGAAUUAUUUAUUUUAUGAGAAAUAUUGUUACGAUCCACUGCUAGAGUCAAAUAAGGGUGGUAAGCACCAGAAUCCCACUAGCUAUCAUUCUCCUCUUUAUGAAGCUCGGUCCGCCAUAUUCUCUGAUUCUUCUCUCCUCUCUCAUUCCUUCUCUUCUCCACCAUCUCAUAUCGCCAUGACAACCCCCCGUGCCAGGGAAAGCUCUUUCUCUUCCACUCAACAGAACAAUCCGCUCUCAGGAUUAGAUGAAGGUGCUAACAGAGCUGAUAUUCUUAGUUCUCUUGACAAUGAUGACCCUGUGGCUAGAGCACUGUUUAAAAUGAUUGAUGAACCUAUCACAGAGUGUCACCAGUGUGCAAGACUGACUGGCCUUGACAGCUGGGAUGGUCUCCUAUUGUUCGGCAGUACCUCUUUCUAUGUUGUUGAAGGAAUCACUAUUACAAAGGACAGCAAUGUAGUUGAUAUUGAAUCAGCGACUGAUGGUAGCUAUGAUCCUGUUAUACCAGUCCAUGUACAAAGUAACCUCCUACAGACUGGAGAAAAAAGAACUAUACAGUGUACUAAGUGGUCUUAUGUUGAGAUCAGGGAGGUACACAAGAGACGGUAUUUGCUGCGUCAUUGUGCAAUGGAAGUGUUCUCUAAUGACGGACAGAGUCUCUUCUUGAUAUUCCAUUUGGCACAGAGAGACAGGAUAUAUCAGAAGUUGUUUUCUCUUGCAAGGCCGUCGGAUCAAGAGCAUUUACUGCUGAUUGAUCCAGAAAUGAAUCCAGAGUCAGUCUCAAGCUUCUUCUCAGUCAUUACAGGAAAGAAGAGUCUCAUGCAGAAAUGGGAGAAUGGUGAGAUAUCAAAUUUCACUUACUUGAUCCACCUUAACACACUUGCUGGUCGAUCCUACAAUGACCUGAUGCAGUAUCCUGUCUUCCCUUGGGUUGUCGCUGACUAUGAUAGCCCAGUUUUGGAUUUAAGUGAUCCAAAAACAUUUAGAGAUUUUAGUCUUCCAAUGGGCGCCCAGACAUCAAAGAGACUGAAGAUGUUUAUUGAGAGGUACAAAUACUUUGAAGAUCCCAUGGGUGAAGUAUCAGAUCCUUACUAUUAUGGUACUCAUUACUCGUCCGCAAUGUCGGUUGCUUCGUUUCUCGUCAGGAUGGAACCUUUCACUCAGCAUUUCAUCAAACUCCAGGGAGGCCAUUUUGAUUUAGCUGAUCGCAUGUUUCACAGCAUACCUGAAGCAUGGAGGUCAGCCAGCGAGAGCAACAUGGCCGACAUCAAGGAACUGAUACCCGAGUUCUUCUAUCUGCCGGACUUCCUCACUAACACCAACCAAUAUGACUUAGGCAUUAAACAGAAUAUGGAGGAGCUAGGAGAUAUUAUACUACCCCCCUGGUCUAAAGGAGAUCCAUUGGAGUUCAUUAGAGUCAACAGAGAAGCUUUGGAGUCGGAUUAUGUCUCCGCCCAUCUUCACGAGUGGAUCGAUUUGAUAUUCGGUUAUAAGCAACAAGGAAAGGAUGCAGAGAAAGCUCACAACAUAUUUCAUCCUUUAUUUUAUGAAGGAACUAUUGACAUUGAUACCAUUGACGAUCCUGUAAGACGAAAUGCUGUCAUUUCUUUUAUACACAACUUUGGUCAAAUGCCUAAGCAGCUCUUCAAGCGUCCUCAUCGAAGCCGUAAGGUUUUCACUGGGACUGCAAUUGGAAACCCGACCAUCGACCAGUCGGCCAUUGGGAACCUAAUCCCGCAAGUAUUCUUUAAAAACUUGGCGCAAUUACUUCCUUCUAAAGAACCCAUUAAAACUAUUCGAGGUGAAGUGGGUCAAAUGAUAGUCACCACUUCGGACAAGCAGCUGCUGAUAGUUGAGAAGCGGAAACUGCUCCUUCCCCCAAACUAUACUCGCUAUUUCUCAUGGGGCUAUCUUGAUCACAGUGCUAGGAUAGCGUCAGUUGAAGGAGAUAAGGUGAUAUCAGUAUUUGAAGGACUACAGCAAGGAAGGAUACUGUGCACAGCUGCUCUUGAUGAGAAUGUACUCCUAACUGCUGGAGAAAAUACAAUAGUCUAUGUGUGGAAUCUAAAAUCAGGUGGUCCUAAGGAGAGAGUUCCCUCCAGUUUAUCACUUAAGCACACCCUCCAUGGGCACACAGGUCCAAUACUAUGUCUAGCAACCUCUAGUUCUUAUAAUAUUAUCGUCUCAGGCUCAAAAGAUAGGACGUGCAUUAUUUGGGACAGUAAUAAGUUGUUGUUUGUGAGACAGUUGUGUGGUCACCAGUCUCCAGUUACCAUAGUCAACAUUAACCAACUCAGUGGUAAUAUAGUGUCAUGUACUCGUAAUGAUAUAAGGCUGUGGACGGUCAAUGGUGUACUCCUAGCUAGGGCUGAGCUAACAAUUACCGGAAACUUUAGGCUACUUUGCUGUGCUGUCUCUGAAAUGUUUGAAUGGGAUAAUGACAAUGUGAUAUUAACAGGCUCUACUGAUGGAGUUGUCAGACUAUGGCGUCUUGAAUAUGAUAGGGACAAUGACCGUAUGGCCUCUUCCGCCUCUCCUUAUCCGACCACACCUCCCUCUACUUAUAUAGACACUGACUACCCGAACAUAUCUUCACCGAUUUCAACAAAAGCGCCUGCAAAACUAGCGAGACCGGUGGCCCACGAGUCUGAGAGCUCUGAAGACAAAUUGGAUGAGAUUUCUGACACUGAGAGUAGCUCUGAUGCUUUUAGAAGAACAGGCAGUGACGAGGACUUACCCGAAUCAAUGGAUGAACCGGAAUCAAACAAAGAAGAGGAGGAGAAGGAGGAAGAGAGAAAAAGAGGAGAAGAAUUAAAGAAAGAAAGACAACCGAGUGUCUCUACUGAAGACAUGGGGAUUAGUCGUUACGUUGAAGAGGCAAAGCAACGCGCUAAAGUUUUAAGAGAGAAAACUGGUUACUGGAGACGCAAACUUGUACUGGCACACACUCUUACUAUGCAUACGUCUUUUCAAAGACAGGACAAUACUUCACCUGCUGGAGUAUCCUGUAUCACUGUAUCAAAGGAUCAUAGGAGAUUGUACAUUGGCGAUACACGAGGCAGAGUAUUUAGUUGGUCUGUCACUGAUAGUCCUGGUGGAGUGAUGGAGCACUGGAUAUUGGAUGAUGCCGUGAGCGGUUGUAUGAGAUGCAAUAUGGAGUUUACUAUCACUGAGAGGAAGCAUCACUGCAGAGAUUGUGGAAAGAUAUUCUGCUCGAGAUGUAGCGAUUAUCAAAUUGAGAUAGAGCGUCUGAAAAUUAGCAAGAAGGUUCGUGUCUGCGUUGACUGUCACGACAAAAUAAAGCAACAGCAACAGCAACAACAGUUUGUUGCUUGAUUUUAAUAAUGAUAUUUUAAAUUUUGUAUAUUAGAUUAUAAUUUUAAAUAAUUUUAAUAACUACU